AUCCACUACUGCGCAGGCGUCCCAGGAAGCGCUCCUCGGAGUCGCGCUCCGCCCGCGUCCGCCUCGCCCGCACGUACCCCGGGGCGCGCCGUUCCGCUAGCGCCGAGUUCCGCGCGCCCGAGCGAGGUGGUCGCGCAGGCCGGAGCCCUCACUGCUGUGUCCAGCGUGUUCGUUAUGAAGUUAUUAGUAGUUCUCCUGGUUUGCAGCCUGCUCACUGGCUGUAGAGGUAACUCUUCCUACAGUGAGGCGCCUCAGUUACUCCUCGUGUCCUUUGACGGCUUUCGAGCUGACUACCUGAAGAGCUAUGACCUUCCUCACCUCCAGAACUUUGUCAAAGAGGGCGUCUUGGUGGAACAAGUCCAAAACGUUUUCAUCACAAAAACAUUUCCAAACCACUACAGCAUCGUGACAGGCUUAUAUGAGGAAAGCCAUGGCAUUGUGGCCAACUCCAUGUAUGAUGACGUCACAAAGAAACACUUUUCGGAAUCCAACGAUAAGGAUCCAUUUUGGUGGAAUGGGGCGGUGCCUAUUUGGGUGACCAAUCAGCUUCAGGAAAACAGAUCAAGUGCUGCUGCUAUGUGGCCUGGGACUGACGUGUUCAUCCACAACAUCACACCUUCCUAUUUUAUGAAUUACAGCAGCUCAGUGCCCUUUAAGGAGAGACUAGAUUAUGUCGCCACAUGGCUCAGCAGCUCCAACCCACCAGUCACCUUUGCAGCACUCUAUUGGGAAGAACCAGAUGUGAGCGGCCACAGAUUUGGGCCUGAAGAUAAAGGAAACAUGAGUAAAGUAUUGAAAGAAAUAGAUGACCUUACUGGCGAUCUUGUCCAAAAACUGAAGGUGUUAGGACUGUGGGAAAGCCUUAACGUAAUUAUUACGAGUGAUCAUGGGAUGACUCAGUGUUCUGAGAACAGACUGAUAGAUUUGGAUUCCUGCAUCAACCAGUCAUCCUACAGUGUUAUAGAUUUAACCCCCGUGGCUGCGAUUCUUCCCAAAAUAAAUGUUACAGAGGUUUAUGACAAACUGAAACACUGUAGCCCUCACAUGAAUGUUUAUCUCAAAGAACAUAUUCCUAACAGAUUUUACUACCAGCAUAAUGAUCGAAUUCAGCCUAUUAUUUUGGUUGCUGAUGAAGGCUGGACAAUUGUAGUCAACAAGUCAUCAUUAAAAUUAGGUGACCAUGGCUAUGACAAUUCUCUGCCUAGUAUGCAUCCGUUCCUUGCUGCUCAUGGUCCUGCUUUUAGAAAAGGCUACAGGCAGAGCACCAUUAACACUGUGGACAUUUACCCAAUGAUGUGCCACAUCCUGGGACUGAAACCACAUCCCAACAAUGGGACCUUCAGUCACACCAAGUGCUUGUUGGUGGACCAGUGGUGCAUUAAUCUCCCAGAAGUCAUUGGAAUUGUUAUUAGUGCACUGUUGGUGUUAACCAUGCUGACAGGUCUCAUAAUCUUCAUGCAGAACCGAGAGUCGGCUUCCCGCCCAUUCUCCCGCCUUCAGCUGCAGGAGGAUGACGAUGACCCUUUAAUUGGGUAACUCACUGUGUCUUCCUAAUUUCAAAACUAAGGAUCCAUGCAAGGAUUGGUGUUACAGCCAUAAAAAGGUGUAUUUCUAAAGUCAAGACAGAAACAUGCUAAAAUUACUGUGUUGCUUUCUGUUUGUAUUGUUGUGUGUGUGUGUGUGUGUGUGUGUGUGUGUGUGUGUGUUGUUUCGGUAUGUUGCUUGAUACAAAUAACCCUGACAAUAGUAGAGUUUCUGAUGUGUUAAUUAAAACCACCUGUUUCCCUAAAUAAGAACCAGCUUUGAGAAAACACUCUUU